AAUUCUCUACCUUCAUUCCUCCACCUUUGUAGGACUUAUCUUUCUGAACUAUAAUAAUUAUCCGCAACAUUGGGUUGGCUAUUGGAGCUAAUGGGGAGUAACUCAAAUGAAGAGAUUAGGAUACCAUUUUUGCAACAAUCUAAUGGUGUUGACUUAGAUGGUUCUAGGUUUAUUCGUAACGUGAAACAAAGAGUUGCUACUGUUAUGUUCAAAAUCGGGGGUAUUGAAUGCGCAUCAUGUUCGAUAUCUAUUGAAACUCUGCUUCAGAAAUUGGAUGGUGUUGAAAGCAUCAUUGUGUCACCACUUCAAGGCCAAACUGUAGUUAAAUACGUACCGCAACUUGUUAGUGCAAAAACAAUCAAAGAUACUAUUGAAGCAGCAGGUUUCCAUGUCACCGAAUUCCAAGAGCAAGACAUAGCAGUAUGCCGUCUCAAAAUCAAGGGAAUGUCAUGCACAAGCUGUGCUGAAUCAAUUGAAAGCUCUCUUUUAAUGGCCGAGGGAGUAAAAAAGGCGGUUGUAGGUCUAGCACUUGAAGAAGCAAAGAUAAACUAUGAUCCUAAUGUCACCAACACGGAUUGUAUUAUUAAAGCAGUCGUAGAUGCUGGCUUUGGUGCUGAUCUUAUAGGAUCCGAAAAUGAUGCAAAUAAAGUUCAUAUAAAGCUAGAAGGUGUUAUAUCUUUGGAAGAUAUGGCUGCAAUUAAGCAGUCUCUAGAGCUAGUGAAUGGUGUCAAUCAAGUUGAAAUGGAUACAAAAGAAGCCAAGGUGAUUGUUACAUAUGAUCCCAGUUUUACUGGCCCAAGGUCAAUCAUAUCAUUCAUCCAAGAUUCUUGUCCUGGCUCUGCUCAUUUUCAAGCAAGUUUAUACAUCCCAGAAAAACAACGUGAUACAGAUAGAAACCAGGAGAUAAAAACGUACAGAAAUCAGUUCUUUUGGAGUUGCUUGUUUUCAAUCCCGGUUUUUCUAUUCUCUAUGGUACUUCCAAUGACUCCCCCAUAUGGGAAUUGGUUAAGUUACAAGAUUCAUAACAUGCUUAAUAUUGGCAUGGUUUUAAGAUGGAUCCUAUGCACACCAGUUCAAUUCUUCAUUGGUCAAAGGUUUUAUGUGGGAUCAUAUCAUGCGCUAAAACGAAGAUCUGCUAAUAUGGAUGUUUUGGUUGCACUUGGCACUAAUGCUGCAUACUUUUAUUCUGUAUACACAGUAAUAAAAGCAUUGCUUUCGGAUAAAUUUGAGGGAGAAGAUUUUUUUGAGACAAGUACGAUGUUGAUAUCGUUUAUCCUUCUAGGUAAAUAUCUGGAAUCAAUGGCAAAGGGAAAGACAUCCGAUGCCUUAGCAAAGCUCACCAGUCUUGCUCCCGAUACUGCUUGCUUAGUACAAAUGAGCAAUGAAGAAAUCAUUCUCUCAGAAACAGAAAUUAACACAAGAUUAAUAGAGAGAAACGACAUCCUAAAAAUCUUUCCGGGCUCAAAGUUUCCCGUUGAUGGUAUUGUUGUUAAUGGUGAGGGAUAUGUUAAUGAAAGUAUGAUCACUGGAGAAGCAAUACCUGUUGCUAAAAUUCCUGGCGACAAAGUAAUUGGUGGCACUGUGAAUGAGAACGGAUGCUUGCUGAUCAAGGCCACUUAUGUGGGUUCAGAGACUGCACUUUCACAAAUUGUUCAAAUAGUUGAGGCUGCUCAACUUGCCCGAGCACCUGUACAGAAGCUAGCUGACCAAAUAUCAAAAUACUUUGUACCUGUGGUGGUUAUCGCUGCUGUUGCGACAUGGUUAGGAUGGUUCAUUCCCGGAGUAGUCGGAAUCUAUCCUAAAAGUUGGAUACCAAAGGCAAUGGAUGAGUUUGAGCUUGCACUGCAGUUUGGUAUAUCAGUAUUGGUUGUAGCAUGCCCAUGUGCUUUAGGUCUUGCCACUCCUACUGCGGUUAUGGUUGCCACUGGUAAGGGUGCAUCACAAGGUGUACUCAUUAAGGGUGGCAAUGCACUAGAAAAGGCACACAAGGUUAACACAGUCGUGUUCGAUAAAACAGGAACAUUAACAAUUGGAAAGCCUGAAGUUAUUAACGCAGUACUCUUUUCCGGAAUUUCAAUGGAGGAGUUCUGUAGUAUUGCAAUAGUUGUGGAGGCAAAUAGUGAGCACCCGAUAGCAAAAGCUAUAGUAGAGUAUGCCAAGAACAGAUUACAUAACAAUAAAACUCAAACUACCAAUAGUUCGUUGGUGAAGGACUUCAAGGUACACCCAGGAGCCGGAGUGGAGUGCAAAUUAGCAGCGAAAAUGGUUCUGGUUGGAAACAAAAGGCUCAUGAGAUCAUUUAACAUCCUUAUUAGCCCUGAAGCCGAAACCUACUUUUCACAUAACGAAAACCUUGCUCGCACCUGUGUGCUAUUUGCGAUAGAUGGCAAAAUAGUUGGUGCAGUUGCAGUCACUGAUCCAGUAAAGCCAGAAGCCGCACGUGUUGUAUCUUAUCUACGGUCCAUGAACAUUGGAAGCAUAAUGGUCACCGGUGACAAUUGGGCAACAGCAAACUCGAUAGCAAUAGAACUUGGAAUUGAAAAUGUAUUUGCUGAAACAGAUCCACUGGGGAAAGCAGACAAGAUCAAAGAGUUGCAGGCAAAAGGAAUGAUCGUGGCAAUGGUUGGAGAUGGAAUAAACGAUUCACCAGCUCUUGUUGCAGCCAAUGUAGGAAUGGCGAUUGGGGCUGGAACAGAUGUAGCUAUUGAAGCAGCUGAUAUAGUGUUGAUCAAAAGCAACUUAGAGGAUGUGAUUACUGCCAUUGAUUUAUCUAAGAAGACGAUUUCUAGAAUCUAUCUUAAUUACGUUUGGGCUCUUGGUUAUAAUGUGUUGGGUGUGCCCGUGGCAGCAGGAAUCUUGUUUCCGUUUAUGGGAAUUCGGUUGCCCCCUUGGUUGGCUGGAGCCUGCAUGGCUGCUUCUUCUGUUAGUGUUGUUUGUUCAUCAUUGUUGUUGCAAACUUAUAAGAAGCCAUUUGCAUACUCUAGAUAUUAAGCAAUUUGCAAAUGUGAAGAUAAAUAUAUCUUUUCAAAUGAAGUCCAACUUUUAGCUGUCUUGAUGCUGUAAUUUUGAAUAAAAUCAUAGAUAAUCACCAAAUUCUAAUGUUGACCUUUA